GCGAUCGACCGUUUGUGAAUUAGGAAAUGAGUUUUAAGUUUUAAUUACAAAUUCAAUAAAAAUAAAACUUUCAUGCAGUGUAUAUAAUUCAUUGAUAUACGAGAAAAUGUUAUUGUAUCGUGCUUGUUUUACAGUACACUGUGUAAUGUAAUGUAGUGUUUUUGUACAGCACCAGAUAUUAAGUUUACUAGUUUUUGGUGCUUUUGAUGAUGUUUUAUAUCUUUUUUUCCUAAAACAUUGAAUAAUCUGGAUCUCCCGUUACUGAGCAUUUUCGAGGUUUUCUCUUGAAUAUCUUGACGUUGGCAAAAUUCUUGGUUUUAGAAUGUCAUAGAAAUAAAAAGUCAAACCGUUUGUAAAUCAUUAUUUACAUAUUUCAAUUUAUUUAGCAACAUGAUAGAUCAACGUAUUUCCGAUAGUGAUGUAUCCAAUUGCAAACGAGACGUGCCCUCGUUUAUUGAGCCUAGACCGCCUCUGAUAUCUAAUCCAUUCAUGCGACCCAAGCCUCAGAAAGGCACGAACUUACUGGACUUGUUUGAGACCGAUUCAGAAAGCGACGAACCUGAGCUGGUCCAAGUAUACUUGAGGCUUAAACCGUGCAACACCCCCAGCAAUCUGUAUGAAGUGAAAUCGGAUCAAUGCUUGGUUACUUCUCUGGACACAUCUACAGUGGGCCACGGUCGACGUACACAGUACAAUGUAUCUAAAAUGUAUACUUUUUCUCACAUUUUCGGACCUGAAACAAAUCAAAAGGAGUUAUUUGAAAGAGUUGUUAAAGAUAAUUUGAAAAAGUUACCAGAGGGGCAUAGCUUUACGCUGCUGACUUAUGGAGCAUCUGGUUCAGGCAAGACAUUCACACUCAUGGGCACAGUGAGCUCCCCGGGUCUGGUGCCUCGAUCUCUGGAGUAUGUGUUCCGAGUUGUAGAUGCAGCUGUUAGACCUGUGUACAAGCCUGCUGACAAUGGUGCAGAGAAACUUAGCCAUGCAUCACAGGAACAUGAGCUACAGUUUGUGAAGCAGCUGCGUCAGGUGUCAGUGCCGCUGCGGGAUAGGUACCGUCGCAUGAGCACCAAGCUGCACAGUGACUUUGCAUCCAGCAAUCUUGAUUUGACCAACAGGAUCAAGUAUUAUGUCUGGGUAUCUUUUGUGGAGAUCUACAAUGAAGGUAUCUACGAUCUGCUGUCGACUAACGACAGGAGCACUGCCUCCAAACUGGUAAUUCGCGAGGACUCCAACGGGAAUGUAUAUGUCAAGGGCGCGACGCAGGUGUUCGUGCGCACGGGCGAGGAGGCGUACGACGUGAUGGUGGCGGGCAAGCACAACCUGCAGGUGGCGGCGACGGGCGUGAACGCGCGCUCCUCGCGCUCGCACUGCAUCUUCACGAUCACGACGCUGGCGGAGGCGGGCGCGGGCUGCCGCGUGUCCAGCGUGCGGCUGUGCGACCUGGCGGGCUGCGAGCGCGCGCGCCGCACGCGCAACGCGGGCGCGCGCCUGGCCGAGUCGCGCGCCAUCAACUCCUCGCUGCACGUGCUGGAGCGCUGUCUGCGCACGCUGCGCCAGCGCCAGCGCGCGCGCACCGACACCAUCGUGCCCUACAGGGAGUCGAAGCUGACGCGGCUGCUGGGCGCGGGCCUGUCGGGCGCGCGCGGCGAGGCGGUCAGCGUGGUGGUCACCGUCAACCCCGCGCCCGACUGCGCGCUGGAGACGCGCCACGUGCUGCAGCUCGCCGCCGUCGCCAGGGACAUACAGGUGAACAACACGGCCUCGGAGUACUCGACGCUGGAGGCGAGCGCGCAGGACACCAUACUGUCGCAAUCCUCCUCGGCCUCCAACGCGGAGGUGCAGCGUCUGCGAGCCGAAAACGAGAGGCUGCACUUUGAACUGCUACAGGCUCAGGAGUACAGCAAGGAGCUGGCGAUGUCGAUGGAGGAGCAGCAGGCGCGCAACGCCACCAACAUGAAAGCGGUGUUCAGCGAGGGUCAGCACAUCACACGUCAGCACUACGAGACCCUCAUGAGGGCAUUGAGACAGGAGAUGGAAGAAAUGAAAGAGGAAUAUGAAGAGAAAAUAAGCAAGCUUAGCUCACAAGCGCCAGCGGACUGCUCACCAACGCGUGACCUCAAAAACAACGUAUCGGAUUUGAUGAGAGAGAUCGAUAAUCUUGAGGCAAAGCUGGCAGCGGAGGUGUCGGCGCGCGAGGGCGCUGAGCAGGAGGUGUGCAAGUUGAGAGCAUAUAUUGAAGAAAUGGAAGAAAAAGUAUCCAGUUGCGCGCAGAAUAAAUACGAAGAGGUGAUAUCUCUCACUGAAAGUGAAGAUGAUAGCGACGAGGAUCCUUGCAAUGAAAGUCUAGAGCCUGUCAUUAGAAAGGAAAGAACUAGAUUAUUGAGACAGAGUCUAGCUUCUUUCUCUAACGUACUGAAUGAAAGCGUGGAAGGAGCUGGUAACGGAACCUUUGAUACAAACAACAGUGAAGUUGACGAAGGUACCUGUAAGGAAGACAUUGAAGAUAAUAAUGAACACAAUAAAAUGACAAGCGAGUUUCAAGAUGAAAAAAGCUCUGAAAAUAAUGUUAAAUCUUUUGGAUCUACAGACAGAGGGAUGUGUUUAAUAAGCGAGCCUGAGAUACUAUUGAGCAGUAGCAAAACUGUCGAAGAGAAAUAUAAUAAACGUGUACGCGAGACUUAUUUUGUUAGGAAAUCACAAGAUGAUAGUAAAACUGACGUAUCUUCAGAACAAGAACAAGACAACGAUGAAAGCGAGACUAAUAUUGACAAAGAGACUGAAUUAAAUGAAGAGAAAAGAAACGAGUUGACUUUGCCGAUGUGUGAUAGUCCAGUAAAGUUGGAAGAAAACUUAAACUUUAAUAAAUCGUCCCAUGUAAAUAAGGAAGUAAAUGUCAGCAAAGAUGAAGUAGAACGUGAUCAAGAAAUUAGCGAGGACUUAGGAGAGAAUGUUGAUGAAAUGUCACUGACAAAAUCUGAUAAACCAUCAGAUUUUGCAAAGUCGCUACAUGAUAGUAAUUUAGAGGAAUCACUGCAAACUGAGAAAGAAAUCGUAAACAAUAUUGGGAACAAAAUUGAGUUUGAAAUUCAAAUCGAAACAAAUAAAGAAAAAGCUAUAGCAAAUGUACCAGCGGCAACAAAUAGCUUGGUGAAUAAGAUGUUUAAAAAAUUACAAUCAAACUCAGGUGAAUACAGCUCUAAUAAUUCUUUAGCUCAAUUUGAGCAGUUAGAAAUGGAAGCGAAUGAUUUAAGCUUAGACCUUAAACGAAAAACUUUUGACGUUCUAUCGAAUAUCAACAUAUUCAAAGAAAAGAAACAAUUUUUUGACGAAGCAAUACCGGAAAAGCCUGAAAACGUAAUUUGUGAGGAACCUAACGAUGAAAAGAAAGAUACCACUGACAACGUUAAUCUUGAAACUGAAAAAAGUGACAAACCAUCGCACAUUAAAAACUUGCAUCAUUUAAAUAAUGACGAAUUCAGAUCUCCGUCGAUCAUAAAAGAGGAUUUUGUGUCUAAUUUUGAACCUAGUACAAUAAAAAAGCUUUUGGGAGAAAGUAUUACACGACAAUUUGAUUCAGUGCCCAUUUUGAAGUCCAAAAAUUUUAACAAAAAACACGAAUCUGUCGAUCCAUUCGAUGACAUGGAUUCACCAUACAAAGCAGUUGAAACUGUAGAGAAAUCUUUCAAUGAAAUGAAUUUGUCUAAAAGUAACGAAUGUGAUGUAAAAUCUAAUCCAGCACCUGAUACACUUGAACAGGAAUCUGAUAUUAAAAAACCUUUAAUAGAAGAAACUUCCACACUAUCCGCCGCGAUUGAAAAGGAAACUAAAGUGGAUAAUACGUUAGACGCAUUCGAAAAUAUAUACAAAGAUAUAUCUCAGCCAAGAGCGACCGACUUCGAACUAUUAGUGGCGCAAGAAGAAAGCUCAUGCAAUAAAGAGGUUAACAAAGAAACAGCCAAUACACAGGAAGUAACACAGGAAGCGACCGAAGUUAAAUACAACUUGAGAAAAAAAUUAACAUGUAAAAAUGAUGAUUCGGAUAAAACUAAUGAGAUAGUCGCAAGAGCGAAACGCAACCUGAGACUGCGCCGACACAAGAAGCAGAUGGAGGAGGAGGCUACGGAGCCGGAAGAUGGCGCCAAGCUGAAGGACAUCAUCAACCUGCAGGUGCAGUUCUCCGACGUGACGCUGGGCAAGCCCGCGCCGGAGCCCCCUGCGCGACCCCCCUCCCCCGACCAGAAGGGGGAGGAGAACCUUCCCCCCCUCGGCAUACAGAGCUGCCCCUCUAAGAGUGUGACUCGCAGCAGAAGGAAAUUGUUCACGCCUCGCGCGGAGCCCCUGGAGGAUGAGUCUGGUCCGUGCGGCGAGAGCGGGGAGCGCCUGCGGGUGCCGCGCCCCUCUUACCAUAGACCUAGAGCGCGCCGCAAGCUUUGAAUUAUCUAUGCAACAUAAUAAAAAAAAUCUUUGAAAUUUUCUAUCUGUAAACAUUAAGGCACGGGACUUGCUAUUGAUACAAAUAAACUUAGACGAUAAAUACGAAAAUAUAUCUGACCUGAACAAUUGUCCUUGUUUUGCAUAAAUAUUUAUUGUUACACUGUAAAUAUUUUGUUUCUGAUUAUAUUGUUAAAAAAUAUUAACAUUGACAAGCUUCGACUGAACAUGUUUAAUAUCAAUUUGUCCUCAAAUCUCAUGUCUAUUUUCUUUUAUUGCACUUAAUUAUAUUUAUGGAUGUAUUUUUA